AUGGCUGUUUCUACGCGUCGUUUGCAGAAGGAAUUGGCAGAUCUCAAGAAACAAGGAACGCCAGUAGGCAUUGAUCUGUUGAGCGCUGACAAUUUCGAGGAAUGGUUCUUGUCUCUGGAGGUGCUUGGUGAAACCGUCUUUGUGGGCGAGGUUUUCUGCCUCCGGUUCCGAUUCGACAGCUCGUACCCGAUAUCGUCCCCCGCUGUCCAGUUUGUGGUAGAUGACAAGUGGCAGGCUCCAAUGCAUCCCCAUGUCUAUACCAAUGGUCAUAUAUGCGCAUCUAUACUGGGGAAUGAAUGGUCACCGGUACUCAGUGUCGUGUCAGUCUGCGUGACUCUCCAGAGUAUGCUGGCGUCCUGCAAGGAGAAAAAGAUACCUCCCGGUAACGAUCGAUACGUCAGACACGCCCCUGAUAAUCCGAAGGAGACUCGCUUCGCGUACGAUGAUGACACGUAA